UGUGUUAACAAUAACAACGCAACGAUUCACCGCAUGUUUUCGAAACGAUCGCACAUUUCUGCAGGUAACGUAAUUUAUUUUAACAGAAAGUUGUUCUACAAAAGGUGCCAUGAAAAAACUUGUGAGUUCGGAGGACACUUCAGUUAGUUCCAUAGAUCAGAAACGGAGGGAACAUUCUCAUAUAUCAGCUUGGAAGGACAAAGAUGAAUUCCAGCAAGUUUAUAAUCAAAUCUACCGCUCCCCGAAAUCCGACACCGCUUCCAGAGAGCAAGCCCUACGUCAGUUGAAAGUGUGGAAGAUUCGGCAAUACCGCCAAACUCCGAUCAGUGUGCAAUGUACACUGGCGGUGCUGGAAGUGCAGGUAUGCGAUGAAAAAUGUCAAAAGGAAGGCAAGGAAGAAAAUGUGACCGAAAUACGUAGCCUGUAUGCGGGGGCGUUUACACGAUUCAUAAAUUUCAUUACCGAGUCUCGGCAGGAAAGUGGUGCAGGCCGUAAAGGUUCCAUGGCCGAUCGGGUGAAAGAGGUUGGCAUUGAAGGAUUUUUAGUAGAACUUCGGCACUUGUGUGCUCAUAGUUCCGUCUCAAUUUCGUUGGACGUUUUCCGGAAAUCAGCCGAAUAUUGUAUGAAAUGGCUACAAACUAACUUCUGGGACAGAGAGUUGGAAUCAAUUCAAAGUUGCGAUUCCCAACAAAUAAAAGGCAACACGUUAGGGUCCAAGUAUGUGGAAGACCUUAAAUACUUAGCUCAAAUCUAUGAUAUCGUCACAAAAGCACUGCAUAAAGGAUGUAAAACAUUAAGUGGAGCAGAAACAGAACUUUCACCGGAACACUUCAAACUGCUGCAAGAUCACUGCAAGGCGAAUAAAACGGACCUGUUGAAUUCUUUGGCAUUCGAUGUGGUCCAUUAUUUGGCAGAAAAAAUUCAGCUUCCCAAAUGCCCGGAAACCGUUACAACGGUUUGUAAAACCUUUCUUAAUUGUAACUACUUUCUGGAGGCCCCCGCUAAAGGUAACACUCAAGGUCUAGCCAGAAUCCAUCAAUUUUUCAUACAGACGCUUGUGGCCGAGGGUUAUGUGCAAACAUUUCUAGAAAAACUGUUGGAAAUGUGCGAAAACGAUCAGGAACAGGUCGAUCGUCGUAUGGGUGCUCGAUAUUGGGCGACAGAAAUUGCACUGGCUUUUCGACUAUUGAAAAAGUUUAAAAAAUUGCUUAAGACUCUACCGCACGAUUCGUUUCGUUUUAGCAAACGAGAACACACAAGAAAAAUGUCGAAAAAAGUGAAAGCAUUGUAUCAGAACAAAUUGAGGGUAGAUUUACAGAAUACCAUCCUUAUUGGUAUGUCAAUCGAUUGCCCGUGGCAUUUGCGAUUAUCUAGGAGCUAUCUGAUGGAGCGCCUUCUGCACGUUAAUGAAUAUACCAAGGACGUACUGCCGAUUAUUUUAGCCCUUGCGGAGCCCACGCUGACACUGGACCAAAGAGAACUUAUCGAAUCGGCAGCCGAAAAGUACACCGUCAACUACUUGGUGGCACUGAACGAGGACGAUGGAAGCACGGAAAAUGAUACGAAAUCCAAAAACACAACGGCCGCUCGUAAGAGGGAUCACUCUCAGGUGUAUACUCUGGAUGAUGUUUUAAGCAGCACGGAACCCAGCGGGAAGCGUGCGCGAAAUCAGGAUGCUGUCGUUAGCUGCGGCGUUUGGAAUCAGGUAAAUUCGGAUGAUAUGCUCGAUUGGGCCAAAUGUCCCCUGGGGAGACUUAUUUGGGAUUAGGAAUUCGCUAUUAAGUGACUAAAGUUGUCUGUAAGCUUAGGUGGUUUCGC